GCCGUAGACUACGGUACGACUUCGCCGGCUAAAUAGCCAUUGACUUGUUUUCUUUAUCAAAUUUGUUCUGGGUGAUGCUGCGCUGCUUUAAAAGUGCUCUUUGUGAUUUUUCUCCUGUUCUAUUCUGCCAUCAAAGAACAUUUUUGCAAUCAGUGUUGAAUUCUGAUUCUGUUAUGGAUCCUGCUAAAAGAAAAUCUGAUGUAAUAGAAAAUGAAAACUCAUCUUCAAGUGAAGCAAAGAAGCUUAAAAUAACAGAAGAUGCACCCAUUGAUGAUAUAAUUAAAAAGGCUGUAGAGACUUCAAACCGUGUUAGAAAACCAAAGAAAGCAGUUAUUCUUAUGUCUUAUCUUGGAAAAGAAUUUUAUGGAAUGCAAAGGAAUUCUAACGUUUCUACUGUGGAAGAAGAGUUGUUAAAAGCACUUUUAAAGGCUAACAUCAUUCUUCAAGGAGAAUUUGACUAUCCUAAAACAAUGAAGUUUCAAAGAGCUGCUCGAACAGAUAAAGGGGUAUCUGCUGUGAGGCAAAUUGUUUCAUUGAAACUUCCUUUGAAAGAAAUUAAUGAGACCUUUGCUGAGAAAGUAAAUAAAUGUUUACCUGCUGAAAUUAGAAUAGUUGCUGUGAAAAGAGUUACUCAGUCCUUUGAUGCUAAAAUCGCAUGUGAUGCCAGAACAUAUUCAUACAUGCUGCCUACUUUUGCUUUUGCAAAAGAUAUUCAAGAUAAUGUGGAAGAUUAUAGAAUAUCUGGUGAAUGUAUUGAAGAUGUCAAUGCUUUCCUUAAGAAUUAUAUUGGAACACACAAUUUUUACAACUUUACAUCUGGCAGAUUGGCUGGAGAUCCUAGCUGUAAAAGGUUUAUAAUGUCCUGUGAAUGUGGCCCUCCUUUUGAAUCAUUCGGACUGGAGUUUUCUGUAAUUAAAGUCAAAGGACAAAGCUUCAUGCUGCAUCAAAUACGAAAAAUGGUUGGUUUGGCCAUUGCUUAUAUGCGAAAUUUAGCUGAUUUAAAUGUCCUGCAAAAAUCUUGGUCAUCUGAUAGGAUUGAUAUUCCUAAAGCACCAGGACUAGGUUUAAUGUUGGAAGAAUUGCAUUAUGACUGGUAUAAUACAAAAUAUGGCUCAGAUGGUAUGCACCAAUCCUUAACAUGGAAUGAGUAUGAAGAAAUUGUCAAUUCAUUCAAGAUGGAAAAAAUAUGUGCCAAUAUUGCUAAAACUGAAAGAGAAGAAAAAUCUAUGAUUCAGUGGCUGGAGACCUUGCCUCAUCAUAGUUAUGAUGUGAGAGAAGAUGGACCACCUACAACACUGCCUACUAAAGAAGAAGCAAAAGACUCUGAUUCAAAUUCUUCAAACUGCAAUCAAAAUUCUUCAGAAAAUAGUAGAUUAGACUCUAAUGCUGUAUAUUGCAAGGACUUAAAUUCAGACUUAAAAGAAUCAAAAGAGAAUGAAAUAAAAUGUGAAUGUUGA